CUGCCGAAGCUGAUGCGGAAGAAAUUAAGAUGACAACAGCAGCUAGGCCCACAUUUGAACCUGCAAGAGGAGGAAGAGGAAAAGGAGAAGGAGAUUUAAGUCAGCUCUCCAAACAAUAUUCCAGCAGAGAUCUUCCUUCUCAUACUAAAAUUAAAUACAGACAGACCACUCAGGAUGCCCCUGAGGAGGUUCGUAACCGUGACUUCAGAAGAGAAUUGGAGGAGAGAGAAAGAGUUGCUGUAAGAGAAAAGAACAGAGACAGACCAGCAAGAGAGCACACAACAUCCUCUUCUGUGUCUAAGAAACCUCGAUUAGAUCAGAUUCCCGCAGCAAACCUUGAUGCAGAUGAUCCACUCACAGAUGAAGAUGAUGAAGACGAGGAUUUUGAUGAAGAGAGUGAUGAUGACACUGCAGCUCUUCUGGCUGAAUUAGAAAAAAUUAAAAAAGAGAGAGCUGAGGAGCAGGCCCGAAAGGAACAAGAGCAAAAGGCUGAAGAAGAGAGGAUUCGAAUGGAAAAUAUCCUGAGUGGCAAUCCUUUACUAAAUCUUACCGGCCCAGUGCAGCCUCAGGCAAACUUUAAAGUGAAGAGACGGUGGGAUGACGAUGUUGUCUUCAAGAAUUGUGCCAAGGGGAUAGAUGAAACGAAAAAGGACAAAAGAUUUGUAAAUGAUACUCUGAGAUCUGAAUUUCACAAAAAGUUCAUGGAAAAAUACAUCAAGUAGUACAGUUUUAUGUGCUCCAUUGCUGAAAGACUCAAAGGGUCAAGAUGACUUCCCUUCUGUGGUGUACCCCUUUUUUCUCCUCGCGCCUCCCGCCCCCCAAUAAUGGCCAAAAAUUGUCUCCUACCAUGAAUAUCCAAAUGAUUUUCCAAGGUCAUUUUAAUUGUCAUCCUGUAUCUGGAGUGUUUUAUCUUUUUCAGCACCUUUUUUUUUGUUUUAACUAAACCUGUUUGUCUUUAAUUCAUUGGAUAUGCAUUUACUUUUAAUGGCCUUCAUGUAAAUGUCGAAAGAGACUGGUUUGCAAUAAAUACUUUAAUUGCCUUUUUAUGCAUCAAAUUUAACUAGCUUCCUUUCUGACUGACUAGUUGAAAGCUAAUAUGAAUGCCCCAUCUGACUUCUUAAAUAUUGAGUGUUUCUCUGGUGUAUCCGAUAAGCAUGUGAUCUUAUUGGAUAUCUCCAGGCUGUUAGCAAUUCUGCUAUAUAAUAGGCUCUACCUAAUUCACUGCCUUGCCACAAGGAGCAUCCAGCAGGUGCAUGGCACAGUGAUUUUCUGUCUCCAGCCAGGAUUUCCAUUCUGUGUAGUCUCUGAGUGCCUGCUCAUGUCCAUUCCAAGAUAGGUGUGAGUGCUCACCACAUAUGCUGGUGCUGGAAGUUUUUGCUCUCAAUGGUAUCUGUAGAGGACUGGCUCUGGUGUUCUCUGGAGUGACAUGCAUAUGUGCCAAUAUAAGGGCAUGGCCAGGCCUCACCCUGUUCUUCCUUACUGCCAAUAUUGGUGCUGGAACGCUCCCCUCACGCUAGCAAGUAGCUCUCAUUCAGUGGUUUUGUGAACUUUUUUCUUUUUAAAUAGUUGAAGUUAGUAAAUAGUUAAGAGUGCCUAAUAGUUUAGUAUACUGUAAUGAUGGUUACCAAGGGACUUAGCCCAGGGACAGGGCAUACCCCAAAAUCCUAGAAACAGUCAUCUAGCAGAUGCUGCUCCCAAUGUUUGGAACCUUGUCAGUCACUGGAGUCACUAUGCCAGAUACCGGAGUGUCAAGACGGUCUCUGCAUUCUCAGUCCCGGUCGCCAGAGCCUGCAAACCAUCUUCUGAGCAGGUGGCAUUGUUCCCUGGAUUCUUACUUUGCAUACAUACAUCACCGCUGGUUGCUGGAUACACAAAAUGGCUCACUGGGUCCCUGUUACCUCUCCUUGAAUGAUAGCCACGAGGGGCCUCCAGAUACAGCAGGGAAGCUUGUGGUAUGGUGAUGCCAACAUGGUAACCAGAGGAAGAUUGCACCUCUUUGGGCUCUGAGAGCAAGAAGUUGCUGGUCCUAGAGAUGUGAUGCUACAUGCACAGUGAGCAGAUUUUCCCCAGGGUCAGUCUACAAGUACAUAGCCACAGGGUCAAUGGCCAGCUCCCUGGCAUAAUCCAUGGCCAUUCCCAAGCUGGGACACCCCAAACCCAGCACUCAGUGUGGGGAGCGUCGGAAAGAUCUACAUCAGCAUCUCACCCUCCCCCAGGCUCCGAUGUCGGUCAGGCCAAUGAGCCCAGCACCACUCAGUUCAGAAUGUGGAUUUUUAGGCAGGAAACAUGGAACCAACUUCUCAUCCUAGGGCUGACCACCUCCUCCUCGCCUGAUGGGACAGUAGCAGGCUUCUCUCAGAAGGUGCCUCAGGAUGUCGUCACAGCCCAGCAGGAGCUGCAUAAGCAGGUGGCAGCGAACCUAGAAUUGAAGGUAGAGGAGAUACCCAAUCCAGCGGAUUCCCUGUUUGACAUGGGGCUGUGGCAGCCAACAGCAAAGGUAGCUCUACCCAUCCAUGAUGUGGUAGUCAGGAUCAUGGCAGAUCCCAUCCUUCUUGCCACCUAUGUCCAAGAGGGCAGAGUGCAAGUAUUGCACCCACUGCAAAAGAGUUCAAGAGCUUGUAUGUGUGCCCUUACUCCAGGUCACUACCCGUUGUCUCUGCCAACAAACACAACAAGCAGGGUCAACCCAGCUCAACCCUCAAGAACAAAGAUGUGAAGCAAUUUGAUCUGUAUGUCAGGAAAAUUUAUUCUACAGUCAGCCUACACCUUUGCAUAGCAAACCACCAGGCCCUGCUCAGCAGAUAUUUUAAUGUAUGGCAAUUCACUGACUUGCUCCUGCAGAAUGUCAAGCAGGAAUUCAGUGCCAUGUUAGAUGAGGAUAGAGCAAUUGCAAGAGCCUUUCUCCAGGCUGCCUCAGAUAUGGCAGAUUCUGUAACCAGAGCCGUGGCGUCACUGGUGUCAAUAAGGGAGACAUUGUGGCUACAGCCACCUGGCCUCUCAGCAGAAGUCCAAUAGUCUAUCCAGCACUUCCCAUUGGACUACUUGGCCCAGUUUGAACAAACAUACAGGAGAUUACAUGGCCUGAAAGACUCUAGGAUCACUUGUCACUCCACCGGGCCUGUACACCUAAGCUCAGGAAGAGAUUUAAAUCUCAGUGCACACAGGUUUGUGAGCCAGACCAGAGUGGGACUGUACCACAGAAAGAGCAGGGUAUAUAGAAGAUGCCACGGUCAGCCAUCAGCAGCGGGGACUAAUUCAGGCUUGAGCUGCACCCCUCCGAAGAGCAAGCAACAAUUCUGAAGGGAUGCUCAAGGGAACUUCCCAGCCUGCAAUCAAGAGCUAUCUCAUCCUUUAUUUUCCCACUGCUUGUUGCCUUUACCUUCCUGCUUGGACCGCUAUAACUACUUACUGCCAGGACUUCAGUUUGGUGGCAGUGGGGUACAUGCUUCCAAUUUUUUUCUGACCCUCCCCACUCCUCCUUCUCUGUCUCUCUUCAGGGACCUUCUCAUGAGUACUUGCUUUCUGAGAAGGUGAAAGCCCUGCUACUGGGGGCCAUAUUGGAAGUUCCUGCAGAACUAAGAGGGAAAGUAUUUUACUUUCAAUAUUUUCUCAUUCCAAAGACCAAAGGGAGCCUACGCUCCAUCCUGCAAUUGAGAUCUCACUUCUAUCAUUCCCUCCCUGGAUCCUGGUAUGCCACCCUCUCCUGAAGGAUGCUCCUUCCAUAUUUCCUGGCCACAGACGAUCCCAAAGGUUUGUAGUCAGUCAGACACACUACAGGUUUACAGUGCUCUUGUUCAGACUAGCGGCAAUGCCAAGAGUGUUUAUGAAGUACAUGGUGGUAGUUGCAGCCCACCUCCGGUAUUAGGGAAAUAUCUGAAUACUGCAUCUCCAUGAAUGGCUCAUCAAAGGCCACGCCAAGCAGCAGGCGCAAUGCAGUGUCGAGGUGUUGGGAGCCACUUGUCAGUCUCUGGGCUUGUUGAUAAAUGAACAAAAAUCAACAUUGGUUCCUGUUCAGAGAAUAGAUUUCAUCGGAGCUGCCCUCAACUCCACCCAGCCCAGAGGAUUUUUGCCACCAGCCAGAUUCAUGGCAUUGUCAGAUCUGAUUGUCCAAGACGCUGCACACCAGCUCACCACUGCUCGGGUCUGCCUCAGACUUCUGGGAUACAUAGCUGCAUGCACCUAUUUCCUCUUCAGGUGUGGCUGUCAUCAGUCUAUUCCCAGCGAGACACAAUACGCCUCACAGUCCUGACCCAGAUACUUACCUCUUUACAAUGCUGGCCCAACCCACACCGGUGAUGGAAGUUGUUCCCUGUAGGACUCCAAGACCCACAACAUCCCUACUGCCAGAUGUCUAACACUGGUUAUGGAAAUGUGACACCACCUUUUGCAGGAAGGCAGAAUGGAGAUGCAGUUGGACUUUAUCCCUGUAGAAUACCAUGUACUGGGGCUCCAAUGUAAGAGCUUUUCUCUUAGAGCUCACCUAGCUAAGAUAAAACAGCUACACAAUGUGAACUUCCACAACAGAUGUGAGAGGGAGCAAGAGGUGAGAAGCUUGAAAUGAGGACCAGUGAGCACGCAGAGGACCAGGUUGAAAUCCCAUUGGGGAAUCAGAUCUCAAACUAAAGAAAACUCCAUUUUCUCUCCAAAGCUUCACAUCCAACAAGGAGAGGCUGGCCCCCCUAGAUGAAAGGCUGGCCGUGGCUUUCUACCUUGAGCAUACUAAACUCUUCUACACAUCAACUCAACGACAUUGCAUUCUGUCAUGGCAAUGGCUGACAGAAUGAAGGACAUCCUAAUGUCAGCUGAGAGGACUUUGUCCUGGAUCACUGCCUGCAUCCGUACCUGUGAUGAAUUGGCACGGGUGGUGCAUUCACCAUUAGUAAUUGCUCACACAUGAGGGUUCAAGUAUGGGCUGUGUUUCUGGUCCAGGUCCAUGUCCCCGUCCACAACACCUGUAGAACAUGAUCAUUGGUGCACACCUUCACAGUGCAUUAUGCUAUAACUCAGCAGGCCAGAGAUGAUGCUGGAUUUGGCAGAGCUAUGUGACCAUUGACACUUGUGAGCUCCUUCCUGCCUCUGAGGUACUGCUUGGAAGUUAGCUACAAUGGAAAGGACAGGAAGGAGCACUUAAAAUAAAAACAGCUAUUCACCUUUCGUAGCUAUUGGUUUUUCAAGAUGUAUUGCUCAUAUCCAUUCCCUGACGCACUUUCCUUCUCGUCUGUUGGAUUUCUGGCAAGAAGGAACUGGGGAGUGGGCUGGUGGUAUCCUUCCAAAGGGGCAUAUGCAUGCCACUCCAGACAGUGCAAGAGCUGGUCCCCUAUGGAUACCACUGAGGUUAAAAACUUCCAGCACCAGCACAUGUGGCAAGCACACACAUCUACAAUGGAAUGGAAAUGAGCAACACAUCAAAAGGAGAGUAACUGUUUUUCCCUAAACCCCAAUUUUGCAAUCAGAGCCACGUGGAUGCAAGGUUGGAAAAGCCCAAUCCUGCAAUCUUUAAAUCUAGUUUCAGGACUUCAUUUAAAAAUAGACACCCAACAAGGCCAUCACAUUAAACUUUAAUUUUUGAAUAAAAAAUUCAGAGUAUAUAUAAUUUCCUGUUAAUUCAGAAGAUGUCAUAAUCUAUACAAUGUUCUUCAGCUAUCAGAAGGAUUUUAUUCUCUUCUGUGCUCACUGUCACAUUUGAGAUGUAUUUGUAACAGGAAGCUGAGGGAUACAUUGGACUGAAAUAUCCCUUUAUUGCUGGAUACCUGAGUUCAAAUCCUAGUUUAGGUCAUGAGUGAAAAGUGUUCAGUUAUUUCCUACUCAUCAUUAAUAUACAUUUCCAAACUUCUUAUGCAAUAGCAGGCCCAACCAGAGGAAGAAGCGGGCAGUUACCCUGGGGCCAGGCAAUACAAAAGGACCCGGAGCACUAGGCCCUUUCAGUUGCUGCCGGAGAGCACUGCACUGAGGGCUGCCUAGCUCCAGCUUUGCCCUUUUUGCCUGAGGCCCCACUGUGCAGUAGGAUGACUUGUGAUCUCUGCUUGAGAAAUCUUAGAACGGAAUAACAAUUGUUGCAAAUCAGGAUUUAAGGUUCCUUUUCAUAGAGUUCUUGCCUAGUGGUCUGCCUAUGCUACAGUCUGACCAUUUAGCCCUGCUGUUUCUAUAGCAGUAAUGUUGCUCGUAAUUUCUUGCUUAAAAACUAGUUGCAUAUUUUCAAAGUGAUGCUCCAGUCUUUUGAAUUUUCAGGACGGAUAUUUCUUUUUUGUUGUAUAUGAUUUUAAGUGGUUGAAACUACUGUAUUGGAAGCAUAUUUGUGUUCCCUUGGCAAUUUCAUUUAUCUUUGUAUUUUUCCAUUGUUUUAUGGUAACACAAGAUGAACCAGUCAGAUCUAAACUCUCUAAACAGGUGGUGCUAGUAUAUAGUUAGGGGAAUUUUAUAUGGACUUUUAAAAUCCAUAUUGAGCCAAAGUUAUUUCACUUGGAAUUAAGGAAAAAAUACUUAGUGAAUUUGCUCAUGUUAUCUUUUGGUGGUGAUUGUCUUCUUGAGGCAGGAGAUCAGCCAUACUUCCUAAUGAAAACACUAAGAAAUCAAGGUCUGAGUUAACAGCAGUUGGCAAAAUAUGGUAGCAGGAAAGCCAGCUGUUGCUUAGAUUUGACCCAAUAAAAUGAUGUCAUCAUAACAAAACUUCUUAAAUUUAGGCAAUAUUACAAGAUACAUAAUAUAGCUAAGCUAAAAGUGAGUAAAUGCAUUUGGGGGGAGGGGAAUCCUUAAUAUGUGAUUUUUAUAAUGUCUUUGUAGAAAUCUAUAAAUUCUUCCUUUCAUGGAUCUUUGAAACACCAGAACUCUUUUUGUGUAUGGAAGAGUGAUCUCUUGUGCUGACUGACUUACUACUUUUAAGCUGUCAGAGGACUCUUGUUUAGUGAGCUUUGUAGCUACUUGAGAUUAUCCUAGAAAUAAAAAUCAAAUUAAUCUCUGAAA